GAAGUGCGACAACAUGGACGACGAGGAGGAAACGUAUCGGCUGUGGAAGAUCCGCAAGACUAUCAUGCAGGCGAGUUGCAUGGGGAGGUUUUGAGCGAGCGCUGAGCUGUGGACUAACUGCGGUUGUCUGUCCGCUCAGCCCAGCCUCCAAUGGGGGCUAAUCCUCUUGCUUCAGCCUCCCAGCUGUGUCAUGACCGAGGCUACCUGGUGACCCAGGAUGAGCUGGACCAGACACUUGAAGAGUUCAAGGCACAGUUUGGGGACAAGCCCAGCGAAGGACGGCCGAGGCGCACAGACCUCACCGUGCUGGUGGCCCACAACGAUGAUCCCACAGACCAGAUGUUUGUCUUCUUCCCAGAGGAGCCCAAGGUGGGCAUCAAGACCAUCAAGGUGUACUGCCAGCGCAUGCAGGAGGAGAACAUCACACGGGCGCUGAUCGUGGUGCAGCAGGGCAUGACACCCUCCGCCAAGCAGUCCCUGGUAGACAUGGCCCCUAAGUACGUGCUAGAACAGUUUCUACAGCAGGAGCUGCUCAUCAAUAUCACAGAACAUGAGCUAGUCCCUGAGCACGUGGUCAUGACCAAGGAGGAGGUGACGGAACUGCUGGCGCGAUACAAGCUCCGUGAGAGCCAGCUGCCCAGGAUCCAGGCUGGGGACCCGGUGGCACGGUACUUCGGGAUCAAGCGAGGGCAGGUGAGAAGCCAUAGCCGUUGUUCCCCUCGCUCUCGCUCUCUCUCUCUGAAGCCAGCGUCACUAUGGCCAGAGGACAGUUGUCCCUCGCCACUGAUGCCCAAGGCCCUGCCACUCCCCGCUCUACCUGCUCCCACAGGUUGUGAAGAUUAUCCGCCCCAGUGAGACAGCCGGCCGGUACAUCACCUACCGCCUGGUGCAGUAGCUGCAGGUGAGCCCCAGCAGAAUGAGGGUUUGGUGCUGGAUGACCCCGCUGCCUACCCUCGAUGCGGUAGAGGGUCUGAGCUGCACCCACAAAAAUAAAAUAACAGAAAGGCAGGCUUGAAUCCUAGUGCCCAGGGUGGGUAGAGCCAGGCAGAUUUCUGAGGUCCAGGCCAGCCAGGGCUACAGAGUAAAGAAGAAAAAGAAAAAACAAAAAAACCUGUACUAUUACCAGGGGAAAUCUAGUACUCUGGAGACUGAAGCAGGAGGAUUGCUGCAAUUGAAGGCAAGUUUGUGGACUCUUCGGUGUUGGGAGAGUCUCUUCUGGAAAA